AUGAUAGGAUAAAGCAAAACUGAAUUACAUAAAGUAUUUAAGAGCUUUGAUAAAGAUGGAAGUGGAUAUGUGGAUAAGUAAGAACUUCAUGCUAUAGCUUAAUAACUAAAUUAAGAACUUAGUUAAGAUGAGAUUGAUAAAGUAUGUUUAUGUUUAAUUUUAUAGUUAAUGGCAGUUGUUGACAUAAAUAAGGAUAAUUAGAUAUCAUUUGAUGAAUUUUGGAAUUGGUGGCAAUUUGGAAAAAAUGGACAUUUAGAAAAAUUAGUUUUUAUGAAACUGAAACUGAUGAAUUUAUUAAAGAAAGUUAAUUCAGAAUUCACUAGAUUUGGAAUUUCUUUCUUUGAAAAAUAAGAUAAUAAUUUUGAUAAUCAUUAUUGGGCAAUAAAUUAUGGUGAUUAACCUUGUCAUUUAAGAAUAGAUAGCACUAUAUUAUAUAAUGGUAAAGGUAUUGCUGAAGCUUUAAAUAAUGAAAAUAAAUAAUUAAAAGGAAUCUAAUUAACUUAAGGAUAAUAUUUUGAUUUAACUUUAAUAAUUCGUUCUUUGUAACCUGAAAUAGCAAAAUAAAAAUUUUAAUAAUUAUACAGUGAUUUUUUGUAGAAAUUAUAAAAGGAAGGAUCUUCAGAUUCAGCUGAAAUAUUUGAAUUUCUUUCAAAGUGUGAAUUAUAAGUUUCUGCAAAUACAGAUAGUGUAAUUUUAUUAUUUAUUAUUAUAGUUAAUUCUCUAAUUUACAGUUAAACAUCCUUUAGUUUAGGAUUUUAUUGAAACAUAAUACAAUCCUUUUUUAAGUUAAUUAGGAGAGGAUCUUGAUGUUUAAUUAGAAUUCAAUGUAGGUGUAAAAAAUGGAUUGAAAAAAAUGAUGAAAAAGAAUUAAAUUUUUAUUAAAUAUUUGUUAGAAGGUUUUUUGAUUGAAUUCAGAGCUAAAUUUAAUUCAUCACUUGCAAAAAAAGUAUUCAAUUUAGGACUAUUUUUACUAUAAUAAGCAUAAUCAAAGAAAAUGUCAUAAAAAAAGGUUCUAUCAAAAUUUAAAUAAGGAUUUACAUUCCCUCUUCUUUUUAAACAUUCAAAAUUUCAUUUAUAAUUUAAAAAUAUGGAAGAUGUGGAUGCUUUUCUUAAAUCUUUAGGUCUAGAAGAGUUAGUUGAAGAUUAACCUAAUGCAAGAGAUUUAUUAUAGGAGAUUAUUUAAGAAGAUGAAAUGGAAGAAUUCAAAAAUCCAGAAGAAGAUGCUUACAUUCUAUAUUAAUUUUAUUAAUUUGGAAAACAAUAUUUGAUUGCUAAAGGAUCAGCAUUUGCAUUAUUUCCAAAUGCAUUUGGAAAAUUUGAAUUUAAUUUUGAAGGAUUAGCUGAUGUUAUGGAAUGUAUAUUUAGAGAAGAUGCAGAAAGUUUAAAAAAUAAAUAGAAAUGA